CGGUAGCCGCUCGCGGGCGCACAGCGGCGCAGCUGCACCCGCGGCUCUCUCCACACCGCAGCCCUGGGUUUGCACAGUGGCCCCUGGGGUGGGGGUUCCAGGGCAGCUGGGGUGCUGGCGGGCAGAGCAGCAGAGCAAGUUCCACCUAAAGGAAACUCCCCCUAGUCGCUGCGGGAAAACGGUCCGAGGUGCUGAGUGUUGCAGCGGCGGCGAGAAUCAGGAGGAGGAGGAGACGACAAGGAUAGGCCCAGGAGAAAUGGAGUCCAAAAAGGAACAAGCAAUAAAAAAUCCCAACGUGGAAAAUGCCGACAAGGGAAACGAUGGAAAAGAUGAAAAGGAUCGAGAUGCAGAUAAAAGGGAGCCCUUGGCUCUCCCCUUUGAAGCUGGCGAAUACCUGGCGCCUAGAGGAAGCCGUAGACGUUUUCUUGCUAGGCAGCCCCAUGUGCACUAUAGAUCGGCCAUGAUGCAUAGGUUUGGGGGGCAGCAGGCAAGAAUGGGAGAAGAAAAUGUCGAACGCAUUGGGGAGGAGAUGAGGCACCUGAUGCAGAAGCUGAGGGAGAAGCAGUUGAGUCAUAGUCUGCGGGCUGUUAGCACUGACCCCCCUCACCAUGACCAUCAUGAUGAAUUCUGCCUUAUGCCCUGAAACCUGACAGCGCCCCCUGCUUUGCAAACUUACGUAUUUGUGUCAGCACUAUGUAUUGUAAACCUUUUGAAGUUACAUAUUUCUUGUGGGUCUUCUCAUACCAACUUCUAAGUGAAUAUUGUGCUUUUGACCCAGUUUGUAAGUUUCUGUCAGCAGGGGAGUUUUUCCUAUUGCAUGGAAAGAUGUGCACUCAAUAAAGCAAUUUAAAAAGC